GACCUUUGCACAUGUUGGAAAUCAUGGGAAGUUCGUUGGGUAAGGCAGUAGCGGUAGACUUCGGCAUCCAGUGGGCCUGCUGGGCGGUGGCAGCUGCUCUGAAGACAGAAAAAUUCUACGAUCUAGCUGGAUCUGGAACAUUUAUGUACCUGGCCUUGCAGAGUCUGAAAUGGGGAGAACACUAUCACCUCAGACAGAAAGUCAACACCGGCAUGGUGGCCUCCUGGGCUUUCAGGCUUGGACUGUUUCUGUUUACAAGAAUCCUAAAAGAAGGCCAAGACAGGCGCUUUAACAAAGUCAGGGACCGACCAGGAACAUUCUUUGUGUACUGGACAAUUCAAGGUGUGUGGGUGUUCCUGACAAUGCUUCCUACUCUGAUUGUCAAUUCCAAGCGAGAGGAUCGCCCACUGAAUGCUCGUGAUUACAUUGGAUGGUCACUAUGGACUGCUGGUUUCCUGAUGGAGAGUAUUGCAGAUUACCAGAAGUCUGCCUUCAGAGCAAAUCCAGAAAACCAGGGUAAGUUUAUCAGUCACAGUCUGUGGAGCGUUGUCCAGUACCCUAAUUACUUGGGGGAGAUCAUGAUGUGGUCCGGUAUUUAUACGUCCUCGACCUCGGUCCUGCGGGGCUGGGAGCACGUCAGUGUCAUCUCUCCUCUCUUUCUGACAUUCCUCCUCACCAAGGUCAGUGGAAUUCCACUCCAGGAAAGAUCGGCCUUAAAACGUUAUGGUGGAGAUCCUGCCUUCCACGAGCACAUCAAGAAAACCCCAAAAUUAAUCCCCUUUAUCUGGUAACUCGGUUUUAAUCAAGGAGCACAUCAAGAAACCCCAAAAUUAAUCCCGUUUAUCUGGUAACUCUGUUUAUGAGGAGACGGAAAGUUGGGGAAAUAUUAUAGCUUUUGUAAUUUAUGAUAAUACACAAAGUUUUUGACACAAGAUUAAAAUUUAAUGUAUUAAUGCAUUUCUCCAUCAAAAUACAAUCUCUGAUACUAGCAUACUUACAUACAUCUAUGAGUCCAACAUCAAAUCGCAUUUAUAGUAGUUUUGACCAGUAACUCUAAAUUGCUAAUUUGAAAUUAAGAUAUGCUGAAAUGAAUACCUACAUACACACUGCCACAUAGUUAUCUUCAUUAUCAUUAAGCGCAUGUCAAUUAAUCAUAUGCUGUGUUGCAAUUAAGCUAUGAAACGCUCUUAUGCUGUCACAAGCAGCAUAUUCGUAUCGGUGCCAUAAACUAUGCAAAUUUUCAUAUAUAUGUAUAUACACACACAGCUGUUGGACUUGCGGAAGAUUUCACUGUAUCAACAUUGCUAGUUAUGAACAAGUAUCAUGUAACAUAUUGAUUUGCCAUCUGUGAUAUGUGAUUUGGAAUUUAUUGUUGUUUAAAUGGAUUCAGAUAUAUUUUUGUAUGAUUGUGGGUUUAUCUUUACACUUUAUAUAUAUGGACAUCCUUGUAUCAUUAUGUCAAUGUGAUGCUUAUUUGUAAAUUUUGAUGUAGAUGUGCUCUUAGACAAGUUAGUUUGCUUGAUUAUAAUACUUUUGUGUUUAUAAGUGUCAUGCAAAAGCCGAUGCCAGCUGUCAAAUAUGCUUACUCUGUAGAUAACAAAAUGCAUUUGUUUGAAAUAAAUCUGUGUUAACAAAAA